CUGCAACUAAAAUCCAGCACCGCAUCUCACGGCUUACGCUAAGAUAUAAAACACAUUUCCCUUUUGUGAACCACGGGACGGUACACUUGGCAUUUUGUUUUCGUUCUAGACAAGAUGAGAUAGCAUAGGGGAGCAGCUGAUAGGGAUUUUAUUUUAUAUACCACCAAUUGCCUUGUGACUUGUAUUGCCUCUCGGAACGGGUGUACAUCAUGGAGAAUGCGUCAAAAACAUCUGCUGUUACUGUAGAAUCCGCGCGACAGGAGUUGCAUCCAGUUCCUGAUAGAGCUGCAGGCGACUGCCAGUCAUUGCCGUCCUAUAAGGAAUACCCUGCACCCCGGCCAUGCAGCAACCCACAAAGUGCCCCCUACGCUCCCUAUCGACCUCCAUCUCCCAGCAAAGGCUAUCCUGAGAACAGCAGUGCAGCCAUCCUGUCAGCGUUGAGACACCUCCAGGAGAAGAUCAGGAGGUUGGAGCUGGCGAAUAAAGGCGGCGAGCCCGGCGGCCGUACAGUCAGGAGAGAUACGCCGCGUCCACACACCGCUAAGAUGACCCAGAGGACCUCAACUAGCCAGACGGAUGUGGGGAGAGUGACGGAUAAUCAAUCCAACUGCAACCAAGCGUUAGUCUCCCAACUUGCGGCUGCAGAGUCUCGCUGUCUGAACCUGGAGCGUCAGCUAGAUCAGAUGAGGAAGAUGUUGCACAAUGCUCAGGGAGAGAAGAAGAACCUCCUCAAGCAACAGGUGACCUUUGGGGCGUCGAGGUCCACGCAUGGACAAGCCAAUGCGGUGUCUGAGCGCAUGCAACUGCAGAAAAUGCUUCGACUGGAACAAGAAUAUCUCACGCUGACACGCACUCAGGCCCAAGCUGAGGUGAAAAUUCACGAGCUGGAGCUGAAACUGCAGGAAGAGGAGCACCAGAGGAAGCUGGUGCAGGAUAAAGCAAACCAGCUGCAGUCGGGUUUGGAGAUCAACAGGAUCCUGCUGCAGUCGGCCUCGCCGCCACGAUGGACCAGCACGGAUCCUAAAGAGAGGAAUGAAAUUUUAAAGAAUAAGUUCUCCCACUGGGAACCUCACUACAGACUUAACCUCAGUGAUGUACCUUUUGUGGCCGGAAAGUCCGUGGGCGGCAGCCACUCGGUCCGAGCCAACGUGCAGUCGGUUUUGUCCCUUCUGAAGCGCCACCAGCCUCAGCUGUGCAACAGCCGUGUCCUCGCCAGCGACAAAAAUGCUGUCUGCCCGGGCGGGACAAACCGCCGCCAUUCGGACGCUGCCUCCGGCUCCGCCUCUUCCACCAGUGGCGAGCUGGCGGAGCUUCUGCAGGCGCUGCAAGAGGAGCUCAGGGUGAUGAGCUUAGAGCAAGACCAACUGAUGCGUGAGCUGGACCGCAGUGUUUCUCUGCAGGAAAGAAGGCAGCUGGAGCGCGAGCAAGAGACCUUGCUCCUCAAAAUGGAACGCAAAGGAGAGCAGAUUAGUAAACUCUACAAGCACAAAAUUCAGAUGAAGAAAUUAAAAAAAGAGGCGUGCCGGAAGAAUCCACCCAGAGUGAGCGCAGUCAAACCAGGAGAGAAAAGCAAGCGCAAUCUCGGGCUUCUCAAGGACAUGAAAGCACUCCAGACGUCUUUAAGAUAGAUGGUUUGAAAAAUACUUCAUCUUAACCUGAGACCCCACCAGGAAGUACUCACAUCCUGCCUGGACUCAAAUACCUUUUUUAAAGUGCUUAUUAACUACAUUCUUUGUCACUUUGGCUCAGUGUUUGCUAUCAGCAAUGGACAGAAGAUUUUAAAAAGUCUACACACCCCUGUUCAAAUGCUCGUUGUGGAGACUUUUUUUCCAUAUCCGUUGGAGCGCUUACCUCAACUUGUAUAUCCUAUAACCUGCACUUAAAUACACAAUGUCCAAAAACCUAAAACAAAUGACGGUGCUUCAAAGUUUCUCAUUGUAAAAGCAUUCCUUGUGUUGCUCCAUGAUUUGUUUUUAACUUUUUU